GGCACGCGCCCCGGGGAAUUCCACUUCCUUUCUAGGCCCUCCGCGUAAUCCUUCCGGCUACUUCCCGGCACGGGCUUCAUCCCGGUUACCCCACUAAACUCUCGCGAGAGUUAGGGUACGGGGCAGUGGAGGGGUUGAGAAGGAACCAAGAGUAUCCAUCACGAAAACGAUCCCUAAUCUCCCCCCACCCCGUAAAUGACAAGCCUCCAGUCAGCAACAAGAUUCUCGCGAGAUUCGUUUCUCCCACAACCAAACGAGAAGGGGCGUGGGGACCCUGUCGCUGCCGCCUUCACUACCUCCCCCCCAUGGUCUCCUUCCGGUUCUCGAUGCUUCUCUCAGCCUGAGUUUCCCCGCCUCCAGCUUGCUCUCCUCCCACCUCAGCUCAUGACCCGCCUCCGGCCCCCGCCCUGUCUGCCCGACCUCCGAUCCGUUUAGUAAGAAUUCCGCCUUUUGGGGUAGAGGAAGGGAGAGCACCCCCAACUGCGGCCCCCAGCCUAGGAAGAGUAGGAAGUGAACCAUUCCCCUCCGUCCUUCUCGUCCUCGUCCUGUCCUCGCGACGGCGGCGUUGGCGGACUGAUACGCGGCGGCGGUGAAGGGGCACGGCGGGGGAGGGGCGGAGCGUGGCAGCUGGCAGUAGUUCCGUCAGAGCGGACAUCUUGUGGCUGUGUCGUGCGCGUGAGCCCCGUAGGGCCGGGGAGGCACCAGCUGCCGCGCGGGGAGGAGGCCGAGGCCGCAGCUUGAGGGAGGCCCCGGCCCCUCUGCGCCUGUGUCGGGCGGAGCCGGUGUGAGAAGAGAGAUCCCCUCCCCCCAACCCCUCCCCGCCGCCCGGGAUAAUCAGAGUUUUUGGCCGGACCCUUCUGCCCACCGAGAGAGUGCGGAGUCAGGCGGAAAGAAGCACACACCAUGGCGCUGAAACGGAUUAAUAAGGAACUUAGCGAUUUGGCCCGUGACCCUCCAGCACAGUGUUCUGCAGGUCCAGUUGGGGAUGAUAUGUUUCAUUGGCAAGCCACAAUUAUGGGACCUAAUGACAGCCCAUAUCAAGGCGGUGUAUUCUUUUUGACAAUUCAUUUCCCUACAGACUACCCCUUCAAACCACCUAAGGUUGCAUUUACAACAAGAAUUUAUCAUCCAAACAUUAACAGUAAUGGCAGCAUUUGUCUCGAUAUUCUAAGAUCACAGUGGUCUCCUGCUUUAACUAUUUCUAAAGUUCUUUUAUCCAUUUGUUCACUGCUAUGUGAUCCAAACCCAGAUGACCCCUUAGUGCCAGAGAUUGCACGGAUCUAUAAAACAGACAGAGACAAGUACAACAGAAUAUCUCGAGAAUGGACUCAGAAGUAUGCCAUGUGAUGCUACCUUAAAGUCAGAAUAACCUGCAUUAUAGCUGGAAUAAACUUUAAAUUACUGUUCCUUUUUUGAUUUUCUUAUCCGGCUGCUCCCCUAUCAGACCUCAUCUUUUUUAAUUUUAUUUUUUGUUUACCUCCCUCCAUUCAUGCACAUGCUCGCCUGAGAAGACUUAAGUUCUUCCAGCUUUGGACAAUAACUGCUUUUAGAAACUGUAAAGUAGUUACAAGAGAACAAUUGCCCAAGAUUCAGAAUUUAAAAAAAAAAAAUGGAGCAUGUGUAUUAUGUGGCCAAUGUCUUCACUCUAACUUGGUUAUGAGACUAAACCCAUUCCUCACAGCUCUAACAGAUGCUGAAGAUAUCUUCUGAGGGGGAGGGAGAUGGAUGCUCAAUUGUCAUAACAAAGGAAGCAACUUUACUGUAGCAGCAUCCAUCUGGUUUAAGCCUUCCAUUGUUAGAGAUUUGAGGUUUCAUGAUAUACUUUAUGCUCAUAACUGAUGUGGUUGGAGAAUUGGUACUGAAUUUAUAGCAUCAGCAGAACAGAAAACGUGAUGUAUUUUAUGCAUGUCAAUAAAGGAAUGACCUGUUCUUGUUCUACAGAGAAUGGAAAUUGGAAGUCAAACACCCCUUGUAUUCCAAAAUAGGGUCUUGAACUUUUUGUAAUUUUCAUUUAAAUUUUGUUAGGAGGCUUGGAGCUAUUAGUUAAUCUAUCUUCCAAUACACUGUUUAAUAUAGCACUGAAUAAAUGAUGCAAGUUGUCAAUGGAUGAGUGAUCAACUAAUAGCUCUGCUAGUAAUUGAUUUAUUUUUCUUCAAUAAAGUUGCAUAAACCAAUGA